AUGGCCAUGAAGUAUAUACUGGUGACGGGCGGUGUGAUCAGCGGUAUCGGCAAAGGGGUGAUCGCCAGCAGUAUUGGCACACUUCUCAAGUCGUUCGCCCUAAGGGUGACCAGCAUUAAGAUCGACCCCUAUAUCAACAUCGAUGCCGGCACUUUCUCGCCCUACGAACAUGGUGAGGUGUAUGUGUUGGACGACGGCGGCGAAGUAGAUCUGGAUCUGGGAAACUACGAGCGCUUUCUGGACAUUACCCUCCAUAAGGACAACAACAUCACCACCGGUAAGAUCUAUCAGCACGUGAUCGAGAAGGAACGCCGCGGCGACUACUUGGGCAAAACGGUGCAGAUUAUACCGCACGUGACCAACGCUAUACAGGAAUGGGUGGAACGGGUGGCCCGCAUACCGGUGGACGUGCGGGAUAGCGGUCUACACAAUAGCGGUGGUGGUGGUGAUGGACAGCAGGCGGUGGGGAAGUCAUGUGUGCCGCAGGGGUGCGAGUCGUGUGCGCCGGAGGUGACCGUUGAUGAGUCAUGUGUGCCGCAGGUGUGUGUGAUAGAGUUGGGCGGCACUAUCGGCGACAUAGAGGGCAUGCCGUUCGUGGAGGCGUUCCGCCAGUUCGCCCGCAAAGUGGGUCCGACCAACUUCUGCAACGUUCACGUGUCGCUCGUACCGCAGCCCAAGACCACCGGCGAACACAAGACCAAACCCACGCAAGUGUCCGUACGCGAGCUCCGGGGUCUCGGACUCUCACCCGAUUUGAUCAUAUGCCGGAGCGAAAACCCCAUCACCGAUGAGGUGAAGGAGAAGAUAUCCAACUUCUGUCACGUAGACCCGGAGCAAGUGGUCUGCAUUCACGACCGGUCGUCCAUAUAU